CUUAAAUGACAGAUCAAAGACAGGUUACCGUGAUGUCACGUGCAUGUUAAAUGACAGAUCAAAGGCAGAUGUCACAUGAAAGGCCAUAAAAAACCUUAAAUAGGGGUGCAUCGGCACACAAUUGUGCAAUUCCCCUGCAAGUUAUUUAACAUGUCCGAAUUUAUGUUUUCAGAAGAAAGUGCUUAUAACCUUCUCCCAAAGGAGAGUAAUCCUCCACCCAAACAAAAGAUGUAUACAUCUAAAUAUAGGGAGGCAGUUGUAUUAGAAAAUAAACAACAUAAGCACAAACACAGGACCAUGGGGCCAGGAACACCUAAGGCCCCAUCUCAUCGUGAAAUGUGCCCACAGAGGCCGGAAGGCGAAAAACCUGAACACACAUGCAGGAAAAAAACAGAAAACACAGGCAUAAAGAAAGUCAUGCCACAACCUGCCUGUGUGGACACACGCAAAGGGGACAAGCAGCUCCUUGAGAAAUCAGGACUUGUGCCCUUUUAUUUAAAGAAAAAAGAUUACGGAAACGUACCAGAGUACCUGCAAAGAAGAAAUGCAGAGAAAGAAAGGGCUGACCAGGAGGCCUGGGUAAAAAAACAAAGAGAAGAAAAUACUAUUAACCCACUGCCAGAACACGAGAGACAAAAGAUUCUCCAGGACCUAAAGAGGGCAUUUAAGGAGUUAAACUUCGAGUAUCAAUCCCUCCCUUUAGUCAUCUCCCCAUUACAGUACACUAAAUUCAACUACAAAAAGUUUCUCGAAGAGUCACUGAGUCAGCUUGAAAAAGACAUUGCCCUGUUUGAGGCAGAUAAUGACAUCUACGUAGGCAGGGAAGCUACAUCCGAGCAAGAGCAGAAAAUCCAACAACAGUUUCAGCGGACUCUGCUACCACCCAUUGAACAGAAAAAGCCACAUCUGACACCCGCUCCUCCAGUAUCACAAUCAACGAAAAAGCCAACUAUCAGACCUUUUCGUAUGAUCCAACAACCGUUUCAGCGGACUCUGCUACCACCCAUUGAACAGAAAAAGCCACAUCUGACACCCGCUCCUCCAGUAUCACAAUCAACGAAAAAGCCAACUAUCAGACCUUUUCGUAUGAUUUGUGGCCCACCCAUAUCGAGAAGCGGAAAGCAACCUAUUCCCACCCAACCAGUUAUAAUCCUACGACCUAGUCCUGUCCUUCCACCGAUCAUUCAUAAGAAUGCUGAAUAUACACCCUGA